AUGACCACUAGUCAGAAGGAAAUCACCCUAAAAGUCUUUGUGAACAAGACCAAGAACUGCGUAGCUUUUGUCGAUUCGGGCUUGGAUUUCGUAGAUGUUCUCCUCAGCUUCCUCACGAUGCCUGUUGGCACCGUCGUCCGUCUUCUCAACAGGCAGUCGUCCCUGGGUUGUUUCGAUAAGAUUUACCAAAGCGUCGAGCAGCUCGAUGAGAAGUACCUGGUGACGGCAGGGUGCAGAUCGAUGUUGACCAACCCAGUGAAUUCAUCUGGCGUGAAAUGCCAGAAACUUCGGAUUAAUAUCGCUGAAAUGGGAAAGUUAUAUAAAUGCUCUUACGCUAACUGCACUCAGCGUAACUACAGUUAUUAUUCAGGUCUCAAAUGCCAAUGUGGUGGUGGCAUUAAUACGGCAGUUAGUUAUGAUCUGAAUCAAGAUGAUGUUAAUUAUGAAGAAUUUCGUGGCGUUUUCAUCAAAGGGGCUAAAUUUGUUGUUACAGAUGCUCUUUGUAUAUCUUUGGUUGAGGACCUCAUUUCGACUUUAAACGAGUGUGGCAAUGGUGAUCGUAACCAACUAGAAGAGAGAUUGGUAAAGAUUGAACGAGAACAGGUUGUACGAAUUCUUAAAAGGUCCCUCAUUUCCGACACUCCACUAACUGAUGUUUUAUUGCAAAAUGGAGAAGACACGCCGCCGCCCAAGGUUUCAGUCCCUUCGAUUGAAAAAACAGUUGAAAAAAAGGCGUUUGAUGAGGAGAAGAAGAUCUACAAACUCAACAUGGCCCUUACUCGUAACAAGGUGUUGUAUGCUGUGGCGAAUCAUGACUUCGUUGAUUUGCUUUUCAGUUUUCUCACAUUGCCAUUGGGUUCUCUGGGAAAGCACUUGGGCAGUCGAUUCCGGCCGAUUGGAUGUCUGUAUAACUUGUAUGGUAGUGCAGAGCGUUUGCGGUCAUCAGGUUACAUGGUUGCAGGCUGCGAAGAGAGACUGCUUAAUCCUAAGCUUGCGCCAUGUUUCAACUGCAAGAAUCAAAUCAUUGGAGUGGAGGAGGAGAAGCGAGAUAUCUACUAUGCUUGUUACUGCUUCUGCAAACUAAGCGCAACGACUUUCUACUGCCAAUCAAACAAGUAUAAUGACAUGCGGGCAUAUCAGGCAACACUUGUAGACCCCAAAAGUCAACUCAAAGGAACAAUUUCUUCAUAUGGAAGUUAUUGUCAGGAAUUAAGGUACAUAGUCUCCGACGAACUCGUGGUCGCCCCACUAUCCCUCGCAGAAGUCAUUUCAUUUAGCAAGGAAAUCUCUGAUCCAAUAAAGAUGGCAGAGUUGAGCGUAGCUGAAGAGGAGGUUCUUGACUUUCUUGGCGUUGCUUUGACGUCCAACACAGCGCUAACAGAUGCCUUCUUAGCAAGGACUGUUGGUGUGUUCACUUCGGUGGACGAGAAGGGUGAUUGA